AUGUCGGUGACUUGGAUGUUUUUCCUAAUUGGGCUCCUGCCGCUUGUCAAGGGAUACUGCUUCACUCGUAAUGGGCGUAUCGAUGAGACAGUGUCCGGGCGACAAAUUCCUAUUUGUGAGUACAAUGGACUAGACAUCCUCGAUGGCUCCUCGUUCAGGACAGCUGCAUGUAUGGACUGCAAGUGUACCAAUGGUCUCAUACAGUGUUGCGGGUUUGGUGUUCAAAACGAGACUACAUACGCUCCGCCAUUAUGCACUGUCAUAUCUGACGGAUGUGAACCACUCUUGGUUCUGAAAAGUAACAACACACUUGACUGCUACACCGGACGUCCUAUCAAAGAAAUUCAGCGCCCGACCGUUGGCCCUGGCACAACCAAUCCACAGUUCCCUGGUUUUAAUUAUCUGAUUCCAAACAUAUUUCCUCAAGUAUUCUACCAAAGGAACCAGCCACAACAGGACAAUACUUUAGGUAAUCUGUUGCUGUUGGGACGGCUUGCUGAUGGUUUGUGA